AUGCGUCUGCCAGCUAUCAAAUUGUUGGCUGGGCUGCUGCCAGCGUUGGCUGCAGUCGCUGCUCAGGACAGCCCCUCUACCAGCGGCGCAAGUUCGACGACCGCUAUCACCGGUAGUGUCGCCUCGAGUGCCGGCAAUGCAGCUUCUUCUGUCGUAAGCUCGGCUUCUCCUACUACCAGCAGCAGCGCUACCUCCAUCUCGGCCAGCUCAACCAGCGCUUCUGCCAACCCUUUGACCGAAAAGCCUCCGGCCGCUGUGCCGUCAGCCACCACCACGCCAACCGCCUUCAUCCCAACUGGACCCCUUCCACCCCAGCAGGAGCUCUGUACUUCCCCCAUCUACUGCCCGGGACCCCUCCUCCAGGCAGUGCAGCUCGCAGGUAUCUUCAAAGACAGCAAGACAUUUGUCGACAAGGCCACCUCCAAACCUGAAUCCGUCGUUCUCGACAACUUUAAUCAGCUCGGUGGUGGCAACGCUAGCAACAUCACCUACGACGAAAUCAUCCAGUUUGUCGACGACAACUUUGUCGCCGAAGGCGUUGAGCUCGUCCCAGCCGACCUCGGAAGCGAGUUCCUCCAAGACCCCAAAUUUUUGCAAGGGGUCGAGGACGAAGUGGUGCGCGACUGGCUCAAGCAGGUUCAUGGCUACUGGGAGCUGCUGGCCCGCACCACCAACUCGUCCAGCCCAUCGGGCGUUCAAUGCGACGGUUGCGUGUGCUCAUUCAUCCCCUUCAACGAGAGUCGUGUCUUUGUGGUGCCCGGAGGUCGAUUCCGUGAGCUCUAUUACUGGGACACCUUUUUCGUUAUUGAAGGCUUGAUUACUUCACAGCUUCAGUCCGUCGUCAAGGCCAUCCUCGAAAACUUUGGCGACCUCAUCGAUAGGCUCGGUUUCAUCCCCAACGGCAACCGCGUCUACUACGAGAACCGUUCGCAGCCUCCCUUCUUCACACUGAUGAUCGACAAGUAUAUCCAGGCUUACAACGAUACCUCGGUACUGCAGCGCUUCCUUCCUUUGCUCGAGCGUGAAAUGUCGUUCUGGAAGAACAACCGAACCAUCGAGUUUACUUCUCCUUUCACCAACGCGACGCACAACAUCACCCACUACAAGGUCGACACCUCGGCUCCUCGUCCAGAGAGCUACCUCGAGGACUACAAGACGGUGCAAAGCGCUUCCCAGUCGGGUUUACAGCUCAACGACACGCAAAAGGCGACGCUCUACUCGGACAUUGCUUCGGGUGCAGAGAGCGGCAGCGACUACUCGGCUGCUCGCUGGUCCAAGCGUCCUACCAUUAACUUGACCGACACCAUCCCCGCACAGCGCUUCCUUAACACGGCGGCUCAGCUGCCCGUCGACCUCAACUCGAUCCUCUUUGCCUGUGAGCAGAAGCUCUCGGCGUUCUACAAGAUCUCGGGUAACGGCACGCAAGCCAACGCAACUCGUGCCAACUACUGGGCCCAACAGGCGCAGGCGCGCAAGGAAGCGAUCCUCGAUGUGUUUUGGGACCCGAGCAACAAGUUCUUCUACGACUUUAACACAACUCUGGGUGAUCGUGCGCCCUUCUUUACCCCUGCCGGCUUCUUCCCGCUAUGGGCCCAGAUUUUGCCACAGGAGUUUGUCAAUGAGUCGAUCAGCAUCGAUCAGCGUCGACAGAACCUCCAGGGCGUGUUUGCCGGGCUGCGAUACAUUAUCGACCGCUUCAACGGCACGCUUCCGGCCUCGCUCGUCCCCACCGGUCAGCAGUGGGACUUUGCCAAUGCUUGGCCGCCUCACACAUACAUUGCUCUGGAAGCACUUCGCAACCUCCCCGAUAUCUUGGCAGCGGGGCCUCAGCUCCCUGCAGAGAACGGCACCUUUGCCCUCAUCCCUACAACCAACGGCACCAACCAGCUCGGCCAGACAGAAGACAGCCUUCCCGUUCAGGGACUUGAGAACCAGCCGGGUAGCGCCAUCAACGAGACGCUGGCCGGAGCGACGGAUCCCAACAAUCCUUCGGUGGAGCUGCAUCCGCUUUUGAACACGGGCAACAGCACCAGUGAGGAGAGUUGGCGCGACGAGUUGGUGCGUGAGCUGGCCAACCGCUACGUUGCCUCUGCUCUCUGCUCUUGGAGGGCUACUGGUGGUAAGCUCAACACCACCGAUCCCGCCUUCCAGCCCGUUGCGGACAGCGUGCUCGCUGCCAAUGGCCUCAACGCAUCCACUGCCAUCGGCAACAUGUUUGAGAAGUUCAAUGCUUCAGACGUGAAUGCGGCUGGGUCAGGCGGCGAGUAUACAGUCCAGACAGGCUUCGGGUGGACCAACGGAGUGGCUAUCUGGCUUGGAGGACAGUUGGGAGCCAACUUGACGAGGCCAGAUUGCCCUGUAGUGAUUGCUCAGAACAGUACCUCGACUGAGCAGUAA